UUUCAAACGCCAAAUGCUUGUAAAUGUGUUUAAACGCGGCUAACCGCAUUUAUAAGUGUUUGCGUUUAGAAGCGUUUUCUAACUGUUCCAUGUCCAGAUGCUGUCCAGAGCCUUUUUUCAUCAUCAGAAAUGCAUGCAAAGCGUUUUCCAUGUAUUCAAAUGGACCUAGUACACCAGCACAGUCAGUUCCAGUCAGCUUGUCACACUAUAUAAUGCACCAUACUCUGCAAAAACAAGACAAAACCACCAAUUUUUCGAAUAGAAAUCUAUCUGAA